AUGAGCCUCAAUUGCCUCAUCUGCCAGGGCGGGCAACGGACGGACUCGGACCUCGAUUACCGAUGUGCCGGGGAGGAUAAGUGCUGCGAUAGGCUAUGCGGCAUGACGGUCGAGAGGAAUUGGUCCGGCCCUCUGACCCCGCCGCCUUAUGAGCACAUCGGGAGCGGGCAUCUGAUCGGCGGGCCCUCGAAGGGCGCGAAGGGCCGGCACCGCAGGCUGCACAGCUCCGGGCCCAUGGCCUUCGGCGGGAGCCGGGUUGUGGGGCCGGCGGGGGAGCCGAGGCUGGUCCGGAGCUGGGGGAUGAGGAGGGAUUGGAGCUUCGAGGACUUGGCACAGAGGAGGGACGGGAAGAGGCGGGACGAGACCGUGUGUUAG